AGCACGGGGAAACAUGUGAGCGCUCCGAGGACUUUAGUGACACACAACUUUUUAUUUUUCUUACGUGCGUGUGUGUUUUUUUUUCGUUUUGCACCAAACCGCCGCGCUGCGCUCCUGAGGAAUUACAUCUGACAGGAACCACUCGGCUUCUCUCUGCAGAACACGCUGUUUUUCUUGUUGGGGGGGGGGUUUGACUUCUUCUUCUUCUUUUUUUGUCUGCGUCCAUCAGGAUAAAUUGUGACAUUGUUUUGCUUUUCAUUUUGUGCUUUGAAUUGCUCCGAGUUGCGCUUCAGAAGCAGAAGCAACACUUAUUUAUGACCUGAUGAUUUGUCCACAGCAGUGAAUCCAAACUCGGACACCUGCUCAUUUUGUUAUUUCCUUAGUAAAUUGGCUCGCAGAACUAGAACCCAGAUUUAAACUAUAUAUAUAUAUAACACAAAUAUAUAUAUACCUUACAUUGCAGGUUAAGCUCACUCCUCUGGAAAGGGAGGUGUGGAUUUUUUUUAAACAUUUUUUGGGGGGGUUUGAUUUUUAUGAUUUCUCAUUUUCUAUAAAAAAAAAAAAAAAACUAUGAAGCAUUUGCAAUUCGUGCUAGUCCUGGCCAUCGCGGUGAACGUGUGGGAAUGUGGGGACGCCAAAUUCGGCGAGAGGGGCGAGAUCAGCCCGAGGAGGAGACGCUGCUACGACGGCAGCUCGCCCAAGCGGCUGAAGAAGAGGGAGAGGAAGGUGUUGCUCGACGGCAGCGGCAGCGGCGGCGGCGGCUCCGGAGGCAGCGGAGGAGAAGUCUGCCACAGGUUGUACCCCCGAGUGUCCUGCUGUCCCACCCGGAGAGCCGCCUACCAGAUCCUGCACCGCAGGGAUGCCCGGAUUUUCUCCACCAACAACACAGAAUGUGGACGUCUGCUGGAGGAGAUCAAGUGCGCUCGCUGCUCCCCCAAUGCCCAGGUGUUGUUCCACUCCUCGGACAUGGAUAAGAUGCCACACAGGGAGCCAGACCUGCCGCGGCUCUGCCAGGACUUCUGCCGCGAGUUCUACUAUACCUGCAGGGGGCACAUACCAGAACUGUUUCAAGCCGAUGUGGACGAGUUCUGCCAAUACUAUGGGAGGAGAGAUGCCAGUCUAUGCUUUCCAGAUUUUCAACGAAAGCAACCACAAGGGCAAGAUUCCAACUACUUGGGAGAUGAGAAACUAGAAGAUAUCAGCAGGAAACACAAACACAACUGCUACUGUGCCCAGGAGGUGUUGAGCGGUCUGCGGCAGCCGGUGUCCGUGGUGCACUGUGGGGACGGAUCUCAGCGGCUCUUUGUCCUGGAGAGGGAGGGAACUGUCCGGAUACUCAACCAUGACCUCAACCUAAUCAAAGAGCCCUUCCUGGACAUCCACAAGCUGGUGCAGAACGGCCUGAAGGGCGGAGAUGAAAGGGGCCUGCUAAGCCUGGUAUUCCACCCCAAUUACAAGAAGAAUGGCAAACUCUACGUCUCCUACACCACCAACCAAGAGCGCUGGGCCAUCGGACCACACGACCACAUUCUCCGUGUGGUUGAAUACACCGUUUCAAGGAAAAACCCAAACCAAGUGGACACCAGGACAGUCCGGGUGCUAAUGGAAGUAGCAGAACUGCAUAGGAAGCACCUCGGAGGCCAACUGCUGUUCGGCCCUGAUGGUCUCUUGCACAUCAUCCUGGGAGAUGGCAUGAUCACCCUGGAUGACAUGGAGGAAAUGGAUGGACUAAGUGAUUUCACAGGGUCCGUACUCAGGGUAGAUGUGGACACGGACUGUUGUACGUCACCAUAUUCAAUACCACGGGACAACCCGUAUUUCAACAGCACCAACCAGCCACCUGAAAUCUUUGCCCAUGGAAUACAUGACCCAGGCAGGUGUGCAGUGGAUCGUCUUCAGACAGAAAACGGCACUGUCCUAAUCCUCUGUACAGAUGCCAGUGGCAAAAACACAACAUCAGGAAGAAUUCUGGAGAUCACCAAGGGGAAAGAUUAUGAAAAUGAGCCCUCUGUCUAUGACCUGCAGUCCAGUGGGGGGGCGCCACCUGUGGGAGGCUUCAUCUACAGGGGCUGCCAGUCAAGAAGACUGUACGGCAGUUAUGUGUUUGGAGAUAAAAAUGGUAACUUGCGGAUCCUCCAGAAGUCUGUGUUGUCAACAUCAGCAAGUGGUGAACAGUGGCAGGAGAAAGCUCUGUGUCUGGGCUCAGCCGGCUCCUGUGGCUCGAUGGUUGUGGGACACAUCUUUGGUUUCGGAGAGGACGAACUGGGCGAAGUCUACAUCCUGGCAAGCAGUAAAAACAUGGCACAGUCGCAUAGUGGGAAACUCUUCAAGUUGGUGGAUCCCAAAAGGCCUCACGCCCCUAAGGAGUGCCAGCGUCAGGUGGAGCCUCCAGAGCUGCUGAUGACAGCUUGUUCCAGACACUGUAAGAACGGACACUGCACUCCGACUGGCAAGUGCUGCUGCAGCCCAGGCUGGGAGGGACCAUUCUGCCGAGUUGCCAAAUGUGAGCCAGCCUGCCGUAAUGGAGGAGUGUGUAUGGAGCCCAACAAGUGCCUGUGUAAGAGCGGCUACUCCGGCGCCCAGUGUGAGAAGAGUGAGCGGGGUAUGCCCAACGACCAAGAGAAAGACGCAAACGUCGGCACACGGCCGACUCCACAGGAACAGAACCUCCAAGGGAAUAAGACCAUUUUAACCCAGGACUUUGGAUCUAUUCAGGGGCCGUCUGUUGCCUUACUCAAGAGCCCCCCCAAAAAAUGGAGUUUGAGGCAUUUCAGUGGAGACAGUUGAUUGUUCAGGAGGAGUGGUGUGGCUCAAGAUCCAAUUUGUGUUCUUGGUCCCUUCAAAAGCCUGCAAAAUAGAUGUGUAUACACAAAACACAGACUUAUAAGGAACCCCAGCUUCAGCUGUAAAAAGCUGAGAAGUCUCUGAGAGUCAUGGGUCAGAGCCCACCGUGCUCAACUAUUCUAAAGGCACUAACACAAGAGGGAUAAAACCAUGUUGUCUCACUUUUGAUGUUGUAUUUAGUUUGCGGGCACAUUGUCAUAAAAAGCUAUAACAGUAUACUGUGUGUAUACUUUGUUUUGCAACACUCUUUUGCUAUCAAUGUACAGAAUAGAUCUACAACAGAGGACUGUUACCUAAUGCAGGAAUCGGAACGACUGAGUGAGAACAUUGUACUUUGUCAACGCCAGUUUCAUACAAUCUGAAUGGAGUUAUUAGCUCCCAUGCACUGUAUUCAUUUUUGUUUUAUUAACUUUAUUAUUCAAAAUGAAUUUAAACAUUUAUUAAACGAGCAAUGAGAGUAGUUACACGCAUGCACACACACGCACACACGAACACACACACACACACAAACACACACACACACUAGAACAGGUAUGGUUCAACAAACUCCUUCCAUGGUGUCACACACUGAAACUGAACCCGGACUCAAAACUACAAAGGGAAGAGAUAGCGCAGUGAUGUAUAUUUCCAAUAGAGCUUACCUAAGUACUACUUAGCAUUGCAAAAAAAAACUAUAGCAUUACUAUUGUUAUCAUAGAGGAGGGUUUAUUUUUUUAAGCGUAAUAAUAUAUGGGAGAGAAUGGUGUUUAUAGAAAGCAGUUUUACACUAAGCUUGUCAGUUCAUGUCAUUUCAUGUUGUACUUAUACAUAUGCAGCUUUUCAAUAAGAAAGACACGUGAGGAUACAAUUCUUUCUACAUUUGUUUUAUUCCAAUAGGAAAGUAAUGCAUGUCUGUGCCUGCCUUGAGAACUUCACAGCAGUUGGCUGAGUCCAUCUAAUUCUUUCCCCCUGACACAUGAUUUUAUUACGACUGUCAGAAACGUGUCUUUGUUGUGAGAUGUUCAAAGAUGCUGUCGGGCCACCAAGUCAUUGUGGAAGCAGCUCGGAGUCAGAGUCAGAUCUUAUCUGUGCAGAGCAGAUUUCAAAUUUACCUGAGGGUCUGUCUAAUAGAGAUAAGCCUGACAAAAAUGGCAAGAUUGAACGUUUCCCUUAGAAAACAGUUAAACACAGGCUGGGAUUGUCUGGACCCACAUCAAUGUGUUAAUGUGUUAAUUUGAUUCAUUCAGAGCCAUUCACAUGCAGCACAAACACAUGCAGGCCAAGUUUACCUGGAGACUAAUUACAAAUCUUACAACAAACUUUACAUUUGAUCCUUUGCCAUUUCAAAUUCCUUUAAAAACAUACUUCACAGAACCAUCAGUUAUUGUUUUUAUUGGUUUGAAGGCAAAUACUUUAGAUUCUGCUUCCUCCCCGACUUUUAUUUGAAAAACAGUUCCCAAGUAUAAUGAUUAAUUGACGCUCAUUGUCCAUAAAAGAUGUAUCUGUUGUUCAUCUCCCGCCUCACUUUUGUUUGCUGAAAUAAAACUCUACCUGGUCGAAAUGAGUCAAAAUGGAAUUCAUGCUGUAAAAUGGAAAAUUAUCCUUUUUUUUUUUAGCACUUAAUGUGAAAGUUGCAUUGUAGCUGCUGAGACGGUGUGGUGUGAAUAGAAUAACCAUUUUCAUUAUUUAAGUAGUUACACAAAUAAAAUAAUUAUUUAAGUUCUCUAUGUUGUUUUUACAUUGUACUGUAUGUGACAAUUUUUUUAUUCCUGUAUUGUAAAUAAAACUAGGGAUAACUUUGUUUCUCUUCAGAAAUAUCAAUAUGUCUAUUAAAAUUUAUAGCAUGUCUGAAAAA